CAACAAACCGACAUGAAUAUGAGAUGCACAUAGCAACGAUACCAGACGUAUUCAUCAACAAUCCAAUUUUACAAUUGCUCGGCCAAGCGUCAUACGCGGUUGCUUGUACUUCCACUCUGUAUCAUUACUUUUACUCCGUAAAACAAUUCUGUCAAGUCUCAGCUGCAAAGGACCUCGACGCGACUGGCGGUUCGUCCGAUUCCUAAGCCAACAGUCUAAGCGGAACCCGGAUACUCUACCGCCCCAGCUGGAUGAAUGUCGUUCAAGGGCGACCACCUCAAAGAUGAGGGCUCUCGUCUGCAAGUUACGGCCGCAGGCGCCACAGCCGGCCUGAUCUCUCGCUUCAUCAUUGCGCCCCUCGACGUAGUCAAGAUCCGCCUGCAGCUGCAAACCCACUCCCUCUCCGACCCGCUCUCGACGCGCGACCUGCAGGGCGGGCCCAUCUACAAGGGUACGCUCCCCACGCUCCGCCACAUCCUCCGCCAUGAGGGCAUCCCGGGCCUCUGGAAGGGCAACGUGCCGGCUGAGCUCCUCUAUGUGUGCUACAGCGCCGUGCAAUUCGCCACCUACCGCACCACAACCCAACUCCUCCACGGCGCCCUCGGCCCAGAAACCCUCCCCCAAUCCGCCGAGUCCUUCAUCGCAGGCGCCGUCGGCGGCGCCGCCGCCACAGCAGCGACCUACCCGCUCGACCUGCUGCGCACGCGCUUCGCGGCCCAGGGCAAUGACAAAGUCUACACCAGCCUGGCGCGCGCCAUCGCACAGAUCCACCGCGAGGAAGGGCCGCGCGGCUUCUUCCGCGGCCUAGGCCCUGGCCUGGCGCAGAUUGUGCCCUACAUGGGCGUCUUCUUCGCCGUGUACGAGACGCUGCGGCCGCACCUGAGCGGGCUGGAGCUGCCGUUCAGCAGCGGCGGCGCCGUGGCGGGCACCGUGGCCAGCGUGCUCGCCAAGACGGGCACGUUCCCGCUGGACCUGGUCCGCAAGCGCAUUCAGGUGCAGGGCCCGACGAGGGGGAGGUACGUGCAUAAAAAUAUACCAGAGUAUUACGGCGGGACCGUUGGGGCGGUGAGGACUAUUUUGAGGAACGAGGGGUUUAGGGGACUGUACAGGGGGUUGACAGUUAGUUUAGUCAAGGCGGCGCCGGCAAGCGCGGUGACCAUGUGGACUUAUGAGCGGGCGUUGAGGUUUUAUACGGGGCUGGGCCAGAGGAGGGAGGAAAGCUGGUGAGCGCGAGGUUUUGUGACAGUGAUACCCUAG